CUUUCAUCCCUUAUUAUUCUGUUGGAGACAUUUUCUUGACAUAAAGCCAUUUCUUGGAUCUUACUUGCAACUCUUAUAAAAGUGAUGAUGGUUCAUGGAAUUCCGGUCUUUGUGGUUCUAAUUAUCCAUGUGUGUAUCUAUACAAACCUAACAGCGGUUUCGCUUCGAAUUCGCGCCCAUCAUGGAGAUUUUACCUUGCCCAUGCCCAUGAAGGAUCAUAUGACCAGGUCUCAAGUAAUUAUCGUAACUGGGAGUGCACAGCGAGGCGAUGCUGUAAAGCCAAAUGAAGUGGCGCAAGAUAAGUCAAGACUUAGCAGUAUCAAACAUCGGCGAAGAUUGGGAUAUUUUCUACUGCUAAUGGCAACAUGCUUUUGUAUUAUGUGGGGACCAUAUACAACUUGCGAGUUAUACGAUAUGGUGGAUAAAGAUUCAGUUAGCUUGGAAAUCAUGCAAUUGACGCAGUGUAUUGGGUUGCUGCACUCCGGAAUUAGUCCCUUUCUGGCAAUGGCAAGUAUGGACAAAGACUGGAGCAAAGUACUGUUGGCCGAAAUUAGGCAAAUAGAAGUGCUGAAGAAAGAUCGUCACGAGUCUCCAACGUCUACCAACGAAGAUGCCCUGGGGCCAUUCAAUCCCAAAUUUAUCAAACCCAAACUUAAAAAGUCGGAACCUAAUUGUCCAUCUUCUUCUGUAGUUGUAUACUAAUUCUGUGAUUACCUGUACAAAACAUAGUCUAUUCUAUUUUGUCCUCGUAAUUUUAAUACUGUUGAUUUUUAUAUAUUUCUAAAUCGCGAUUAAAUUCAGGGAAAUAAGCUUCAAAUUUUUAAGAAUUGAAAUUGCUAGAUCGCGUCUUACACUGAAGAAGAUAUAAACAAAACCGAAUUAUUCUACUCUAACUGUUGUUAUUGUCCUAACAAAGAUCUAUCUCACUGAAUCCAUAUAGCAUAUAUUUUGGAUCAAACUUUUUGAUGGCCUCGUUUAAUGUAAUGUUACUAUAUUUAUAUGCCUGUCGUAAAUGCGUUUAUGUGUAAGUGAUAAACCUUCUAGCUUCUGAGUUUCAUCCAGUAUUUGCUGGAUUCGAUCCAAGCGAGACUCAUUUUCUCCAUGCUGUUGUGCUCUCACACUUGGGAAAUUUGAAUUAUUUAAUCCCCCAGCCUUUCGGAACUUAAUUUAUUUAAAUCCGAAGAUGUUGCCUCAAUGUUGCUGCUUGAUGUCAUUAUUUAUUGGAAGUUAUACUCUUUGAAUGCUUUAAAUAUAUUUACUCAUUGUUAAGGCCCAAAAGUGUCUCUAUGUGUUACUGUGAAUCAUUAAAUGAAAGCUAAUGAAGAUUUGGUGAAUUC